UGUAUGCAUAAACACACAUAUAACAUAUCUAGGAAAUGAUUUUCUUCCAGCCCAAACACGCCCAAUAGAAGAAAAAACCAAACAUGGGAUUCAAAUUCAAAACCUUGAGAACUCUUUCCCGGGAAAAGAACAUCCAACAAAAUUUCAAAUUAGAAUUCCAAACCCAACCCAGAACCCAUCAUUCUCACCACCCAAUUGCAUGCAAACCCCUCUCUUACCUUGCUAAAGUUCACAAAUUUCAGAGCCCAACGAACCCAAAGUCUGAAACUUUCAGUAAGAUAUCCCAAUUUUACUUUCUGGGUAGGAAUAAGACGACCUGUUUUGUACACUCAGUUGCAAAUUCUGACGAAAAGGCUCGGUUUGGGGAAGACCAAGAUGACCAAACGGCUAUUUUCAUCCAAAACAUCCUCAAGUUUCGAAGGGACAAGUCAGCUGAGGAGAUUGAGCGAGCUCUUGACCGAUGUGGGUUUGUGCUGACAGAGGAUUUGGUUUUGAAUGUGCUCAGGAGGCACAGGUCUGAUUGGAAACUAGCUUAUGUAUUCUUCACUUGGGCUUGUAAAGGUGGAGGAGGAACUGGGUAUUUGCCUGGGUCUGAUUGUUUCAACGAGAUUCUUGACAUUCUUGGCAGAAUGCGGGCUUUUGAUGAGGUUUCCCAAGUGCUCGACGAAAUGUCAAAGAGAGAGGGGCUUAUCAAUGAAGGAACAUAUGGGAUUUUGCUCAAUAGAUAUGCGGCUGCACAUAGGGUGGAGGAAGCAAUUUUUACGUUUUAUAAGAGGAAAGAGUUUGGUCUCGAGCUUAAUUUGGUUGCGUUUCAGAAGCUUUUGAUGUGGCUUUGCCGGUAUAAGCAUGUAGAAGUUGCGGAAACUUUGUUUAACGAGAAGGGGAAAGAGUUUGAACAAGAUAUAAAGACGUGGAAUAUCAUUCUUAAUGGAUGGUGUGUACGAGCAAAUGUACGUGAGGCAAAAAGGUUUUGGAAAGAUAUAAUUGCAUCUAAAUGCAAGCCGGAUCAGUUUACAUAUGGGAUUUUUAUAAAUUCUCUGACCAAGAAGGGGAAAUUAGGAACAGCACUCAAGUUAUUUCGAGCUAUGUGGGAUCAGGGUUGCAACCCAAAUGUGGUGACAUGCAGCUGCAUGAUCGAUGCGCUUUGUUUCAAGAAGAGAAUUCCUCAAGCUUUGGAAGUCUUUCAGGAAAUGAAUGUCCGAGGAUGUCUCCCGAAUGCUGCAACAUAUAAUUCACUGAUCAAGCACCUAUGCAAAAUACGGCGCAUGGAGAAGGUUUAUGAACUUUUGGAUGAAAUGGAGCAGAAGGGUGGAAGUUGCUUGCCCAAUGAAGUAACUUUCAAUUGUUUACUCAAGUCCUUGAAGAAGCCAGAGGAAGUUCCUGGCCUAUUGGAGAGGAUGGAAAAAAGUAGAUGCAAGAUGACUAGUGACACAUACAAUUUGCUGUUGAAGUUGUAUAUGGAGUGGGAUUGUGAGGAAAGACUUAGAUAUACGUGGGAAGAGAUGGAGAGAAAUGGGUUGGGACCUGACCAGCGAUCUUAUACCAUUAUGAUUCAUGGGUUCCAUGACAAGGGAAGGAUAAAGGAUUUUUUGCGAUAUUUUCGUGAAAUGACGUCAAAGGGAAUGAUACCAGAGCCAAGGACAGAAAUAUUGGUGAAUUCUAUGAACAUCAAGUGGAAGAGGGAUGGCGGACAAGCAGAAAAGCUAGCAAAGGGAAGUGACAGUUUGACAGGAGAUUUGAGUACAGAUGUUUGAGCAAAAAGGGAGCAAGAUAAUCACCAUGGUUCUAAAGAAGUCGCAAUACGAGGUGCUGCUACUGUUGCCCAUCGCGCUGCUGCUUCUACUGUCUGUCGUGCUGCUGCUACUGUGGCCGAGAUGUGACAACUUGGUGAUCUUUACCAGCCGCCGGCAAAGUUCUGGUCUAAGAAGGUUUUUUUGGUACGUGGCGCAGUCCUGAUCCCGGCACAGUUAUAAGGAGAAAAUCUAGUUCAAUAUCUGUACUGUAUAACAAUUAUAAGUAAAUGUUGUUGAGCCAUCAAGAUGCCGUCAAGGCUGUACAUGUUGAAAUCCAGAUUGAAUUAAUUUAGAGACGUUCCCCUGAUUUUCAACCUCA